AAAAGGGAAAAUUCCUCUCAUUUGAUCACAUUACAUUUUGGGUGGGCAAUGCUAAGCAGGCUGCUUCCUUCUACUGCAACAAGAUGGGCUUUGAGCCUCUGGGUUACAAGGGUCUUGAAACUGGCAGCCGAGAGGUGGUCUCUCAUGUUGUGAAGCAGGACAAGAUAAUAUUUGUCUUCUCAUCAGCCCUAAAUCCAGGAAAUAAAGAAAUGGGAGAACACUUAGUGAAACAUGGAGAUGGGAUUAAAGACAUUGCAUUUGCAGUUGAGGACUGUGAAUUCUUGGUUGAGAAAGCCAAAGAGCGUGGUGCUGAGAUUGUGAAGGAGCCCUUCGUACAGGAAGAUGAACAUGGGAAGGUGAAACUGGCCGUCCUAAAAACAUAUGGUGACACCACACACACCCUGGUGGAGAGAAUGGACUACAAAGGCAUCUUCUUACCUGGAUUUAAGGAGCCACUCUUCCAUGACCCUCUUCUUCCAAAGCUACCACCAGGGAGUCUAAAUUUCGUGGAUCAUGUGGUGGGAAACCAACCCAAUGAAGAGAUGAUUCCAGUAGUGGAUUGGUAUGUGAAAAAUCUUCUGUUCCAUCGAUUCUGGUCAGUUGAUGACAAGCAGCUCCACACAGACUACAGCUCUUUAAAAUCUACUGUUGUUGCUAACUUUGAGGAAACAAUUAAGAUGCCAAUAAAUGAGCCUGCUCUUGGGAGAAGGAAGUCCCAGAUUCAGGAAUAUGUAGAAUAUUAUGGGAGUGCAGGAGUUCAACACAUUGCACUGAAUACAUCAGAUAUCAUCACAAGCAUCAAACAUUUGAAGGAGAGGGGAAUGGAGUUUUUAUCUGUUCCUGCCACUUACUAUCAAAACCUUAGAAACAAUCUGAAAACAGCCAAAAUUAAGAUUAAGGAAGACCUGGAUACACUGGAGGAGCUGAAAAUUUUGGUUGAUUAUGACGAGAAAGGCUACCUCCUCCAAAUAUUUACAAAGCCUGUUCAGGACAGGCCAACUGUUUUUCUGGAGGUUAUCCAGAGGCACAACCAUCAGGGAUUUGGAGCAGGAAAUUUCAAGUCUUUGUUUGAAGCUAUUGAAGCCGAUCAGCAGGCAAGAGGGAAUCUCACCGUACUCGCUCCUAAUGGCCAAGCAGAAUUUCUGUAGUUCCCGUCUUGAUGGAGAUGCUGCAAAGAAGGCCAACACUUUAACACUGCGUCUUUGUCAAUUUGUGACAUCAGACCAUAAAUACACUCGGGUUUUGCCUUUGAGGACUGUUUACAUUCCAGUUUUACAUUUUAGUUGUAUAUGAACUUAAAUAUCUAUUAGAUUUAUACUUGAUAUUCAUUUAAAGUUUCAUCUUAACAUGAAAACCAAAUCCUGUGAACCUUGAAGAUCAGAGUUAGGGAAGCCUGUCAGAUGUGUUACUAACCAUAAUGCUAGUGAGAAGUCGAGCAAAAUGACCCCUUUUAUUGGCUAACUAGAAAGAUUACAAUAUGUAGGACUUUCGAGGCAACUCGGGGGAGAAACUGGAGUUCCCCGUGUUUAUAUACACACUAGGACAGGUACAGCUUUGGAAAACCUGGAAGUGAGACAUCUUAGAAGGGGCCUGAGUUGCCUCAGCAGUCCAACAUAUUGUAAUCUUUCUAUUUAGCCAAUAAAAGGGGUCAUUUUGCUUAACUUUUCACUACAUCCAUAAUGGCUAACACAGUACAACACCCUAGUACAAAAACCAUAAUGCUUUAUUUCUUCAGUACUGAAGGUCACACAGUUCUAUAUUACACGGCCUACUAAAUUGACACACAAAAAAUGACAGAGGGUUUACCAAGCAAACCAAUUCCAUUCUUUUUAAGCCGCCUUUACUCAGAGCACAAUUAUGUUGGACAAGUAGAUUGGAGAUGUCCUACCACAAAAAGGUGAGGUGGUGUCCAGCAUUGCACACUACGCAGUAUGGACAGCAUGCGUAUCAGAAGCUGUUCCUCCCGAUGUUUAGCUAUAAUCUGUUAAGAUAUCGUCACUUUGAGCGCACAAACUUUUGCCUUACAUGAACAUUUUUAAAAUAUCGAUUGGAACGCGGCACGUCAAUCCACGUCAGAAUUGGUGAUGCAGCCAGGAUGUUGAAUGGUAAGGUUCUGCCUUACAGGUACACAGAGUCCAUUUUGUUUUGCGGAUUGUUAUUUUGUAGUCUUUGCUGCUUUGCUAAUUUAGCGUAGCCCUUCCUUCUAGUUUUAUAUAUAAUUUUUUUUUUUUUUAACUAGAUCUAGAAUUAGAGGCGAUAUGACACGAGUGUAAUCCUUCUAGCCCAACAAUGUCAAACUCAGAUCCUGGUAGACGGAAGGUUUUCAUUCCGCCCACCUAACUAAUUAGUCACCAGUUUAACAGACUUGUCAUGUCUUCUUUAUCAUUGACUUCCUGAAGUGUUUUUCUUUUCAAACACUAAUCAGAUGGAAAUCAAGCCAACAGAUGAACAGCCAACUCAGGGGACUCACGCAGUGAGUGGCUGCCAUUUUCCGUCCAAAUCCUACCAGUCUUGUGUUUAUCUGUUAGUGUCACCGAUCAUUUAAUUCAAUAGCCUGUUUGUGCCCUCAUUCUGCUACUCCAGUCAUUUCCACAACUGUUUUUCUUUCUGGGCCAAAGCAAAUCCAAUAUUUUUCAUGCCUUCACUUUUUUAUUUUUAAUUGAGUCAAAUGAUGUAUGAAAGUCACAGGUGCAAAUGCGAUCGGAGUUAGUCUGGUCAUCUGUUGGCUUGCUUUACGGGUGUCCGCAGCUGGCAUCACCUUGAACUCGGGUUAUUGGUAGUCAUGACUGGAAUAGCCUAAUAUAGUGAGGACACAAAACAAGACUGGAGCCUCAGUAAGUGUAUAGUGCAGUCUAUUCAAAUCAGAACGUGGUGUCCAAAUUAAUACAUAAAGAGCCAGCGAGUAAUCCAUAAAAUCAGUGCUCCUUGGGGGAGUUAAAAUGAAUAAGUAAAUCAAAGUCCAUUCAGUUAAAAUCAAGUGUUAAACCAAAGAU